AUAUAGUGUGUCGGAAUCCAGUUUGUGGUGAGAAGAAUAUGACACGUUGCAGAAUUUGUCUGAAUGAAAUGCGUCUGACUAAACGGAGCACAUCCACAAAACCAAGACUCAUCUCUUCUCCUGAGCCAAAAGGAAAAUGGCGAGCUCGCUUCUCACCUCGACGCCAUUGUCCUCAUCUUUCUUACCUGUUCCUCGGAGGCUGUCGGUUCAACAUGGCCAUUGUCAGAGCAAAAGAACACUCAGGUUCGGUCUGAAACAAUCGUCUCUCUGUGUACGCGCCGCUAAACUCCCUCAAGGGGUGAUAGUGCCAAAAGUGGAACCCAAGUUUGUACCAGCGUUUCUGGGAUUCACAUUUACAGCUGAGAUAUGGAACUCUAGAGCUUGUAUGAUUGGUCUCAUCGGUACCUUCAUUGUUGAGCUGAUUUUGAACAAAGGAAUACUUCAAAUCAUUGGUGUUGAUGUUGGAAAAGGGCUUGAUCUUCCUCUCUGAUUUUGCCAUUCUUCUUUGUUUAAUCUGAUCUGAGCAAAAUGUUUUUACAAACCUCUUUUUCUUAUUUCUUAUGGAAUUCAACAAUCUAAGAGCUUGCUUACAAGUUAUAAGUUUCAGCA